UCCAGUUUUGUGUCAGUGUCAAGUGCAUCAGGAAAUACCUGAUGAAAUUUUCCAGACAAUUUAUUUAAAUUUUAAAUGUUUGUUGGAGCCUAUUUUAAGAAGAUGGAUAAUUUUUUUCCAAGACAUUUACAAUAAUAACCACAGGAGUUAUAUAUAGAUAUACAAUGAUUCUUACACUGUAUUACAUGUACGCGACUUUCUUACAGUGGUGGAGACUUGGGUCUCUAAAAAAUAAAUUAAAUGGCACCUUAAAUGCCCAAAAUGCCUUGCUUGUAUGCGACGAAAAACUGAUAUUUGAUGCAAAAAAAUCAAGGAGCCUUGAAAAUUUACUGUUUAGAAAUGAAAAUAGGUUUGGUUGUACCAUAGUACCCAAGCAAAAAAUCAACUUGUCUUCGCAGUGGGUUGUAUUUCCCAAGGAUAAUAGAUACCUUCCAAUAUAUUUUAAGCAUAAUAGUCCAGCACUGCAGAAACCCAAUAUCUAUAUUUUGUUACAAGCCGUUUUAGAUACUUACAAUCAACAUGAAGCAGAGAUUCUACAGUUGGAGAAUUUUGGAGAAUUCGUUGCAUGGAAAAUAACGGAUCAUUUCGAAGCCAUUUUGAGAAGUGACAUGGAUAAGUUGACGAAAUUAGUGCACUGCUUUUCACAAACCGACUGUGAUAUAAACCAUGAAUUGCAGCUUUUAAAAUUUGAAACUGUCGAUGUUGAGGGAAAGGCCAAAAAGAUAAAAUAUGUCAGAAAGUUUUCAAAAGAGAGUACCUUAAAGUACUCCCUAGCCCCUAUACACUGGCGAAAAUUUGUUACGGAUCUUAAAGAAGUGUACUCAAAAAUAAGAGAUGCCACUAAUCCGAAAAUAACAAUUGAUAAUGGUACACCGAAACCGGAGGAUUUGAAGAUUGUGCCUGUGUCGGAAGUCAAACCAAUAAAAAAAGAUAAAAAAUACAUAGAAAAUAAAGAUAAAUAUACGCUGGAAGUGAACUCUUCAGAUUAUAGAAGGCACAAAACAUCGGAUAAACAUAAAUCAGAGAAAGAGAAACAUGUGAAGGAUAAAGAAUAUAAAUCAAAAGAUUAUAGGAAACAUAAAACAAAAGAUGAAACCGACUCCACUAAACAACAGAAAAAAGACGAGAAGACUGAAUUACAACUAGAGUCAAAAAAAGAAAGAAAUAAUGAAGUAGCGGAAAUAAAUGAUAGAGAAAAGAAACUACAAAAACAUACCUUAGUAAAACAAAAUGAUCAAAACAAAAAGCAGGAAAAAUUAGAAGAUUCAAAAACAGAACGCCAGGCCAGAGUUAAUAAUGAAGAAACUGAACCUUCUACAAGUGCAGGGGAAAAAAUUCCAGAAAAAUUAGCCCAGGAAAAUAGAACAUCUAGUAAAGAAAAGAAAUUAGUACGAAGUAGUGCCACUUGUGAUGAUGAACCCAUUGAAAACAAUCAAGUUUUACAUGAUGAAGAUAUUGCAGAUGAUUCAGUGUUUUCCCCAAGUGAUUCCUGUGCAAUUGACAAAGAAAUUUUGAAAAAAGUAAAACCACCUAAUGUCUUAGUAUAUGCCGAUAGUGUGGUGGCUAGAGACAAUGUUAAAGAGGUCUUGCACAACAUUCUAAAUAGAGAAAGGUAUACAAUAUACGAUUACCCAAUCAGUGAUGGUAUGACUUGGAAUGAUACAACUGCCUUAGUCGUGGUCUGUGGAUCAGUCGAGCCAAAAUUAACAUUUAAUCUAAUAAGAUUUUUAGUAAGCGGUGGACAGCUUUUGUGCUUAUGUAGUGAUCUGCUGUAUAGUGUUUUAUAUACGUUUACUACAGCUGAAGUCAGGGAGCAUGAACUAGUACGAUUUUCGUACGGUAAAUGGAAUAACGUAAAGAUGAUGCAUCAUAUAUUCUGUUACCAAGCGUCGCCAGCUAAAAAACAGUUUUCUAAAGACUCGGACACGUCGAAUCAUAGCAAUGGCAAUGGUUCCAGUCCCGUAGCGCCUAGAACGCCAUCUACAGUGAACGUCCAACACGCCGGAAAGGAUUACACAAUCCAAGUCCAAGUUCUAGGCACCGAGGAAACGUGGCAGACUCCAAGUUUGCUCUUAGCUACAGUCGAAGGUUCUGAAGGUCGAUGUGUAUUUUCUCAGGUACAUCUAGAAAUCAAUCCUAGCGAGUUUGUAGAUGAUGAAAACAAGUUCACUGCCCUGAAUGAGAGCAACCAAGCCAGGAUUGAAAUUCUGCACGAUAUUCUUUGCAAUCAACUCUCGUUGGACUGUAAUAAUGAACAUAGCAUUCCGGAUUACACGCCCGCGUACUUUUUGGGUCGACAUGAUUUGAAAAUUGCACUACUAAACGAGACACACUGUAUCAAAGAUAACAAAAUGAAGGCUGGCGAUACUAGUAUUGUAUUUUGUGGCAAAGACGACGAAUUCGACGACCCUAGCAGUACCUACUUACCAAUUCUAGUCCAUUCCUGUCCACAGAACUUCAAUACCGUCAGUUACUUUGAGACUCUAAAUACCAAAUAUAUAGGAAGGCUAGUGAUCUAUAGUGACAUAAUGUCCAGUUCUCAUCCAAUCCUAGAUCAUAAUCAACUAACGCAUGGAAUCGCUGUAAUAUGUAGACAACAAGUAGCUGGUAUUGGAAGAUCGAAUAAUACUUGGUUAAGUCCACCAGGCAGCGCCCUUUUCUCGUUACAGCUGCAUAUACCGCUAAUUUCAAAUAUAGGAAGAGCUUUACCGAUAAUACAGCACAUUCAAAUGGCAGCAGUUGUUAAAGCUCUUAAAGUGUUUACUGAGGAUAAUAAUAAUAUCAAAAUAGGAAUCAAAUGGCCCAAUGACUUAUAUGUCAACGGAUGUGUAAAAAUUGGAGGUCUAAUCGUUACUUCAAUUACUCUUGGUGAUUAUGCGAUAGCAAACAUAGGUUGUGGUGUUAAUUUAAGCAAUUCAAAUCCAACAACAUGUAUUAACGAUAUUAUAAAAGAUUGCAACCGUAAGACUGGAUCUAGUAUACCUGAAAUAACUCACGAGCAAUAUUUUGCUCAGGUUUUCAACGAAACUGAGAAUUUUAUUGAUCGGUUCCAGAUAGGAGAUGCAGAAUAUUUCUUCGAUUAUUAUUACGAGUCUUGGUUGCACAAUGAUUCAUCUAUAUCAGUUACAUCUAUAGACGGAAAAAGGCAAAAGGUUCGAGUCGUUGGUAUUGAUGAAGUGGGUUUUCUCAGAGUAAGAAACGUUGAUGGAAAAAUUACAACAGUACAACCUGACAGAAAUUCAUUUGAUAUGAUGAAAGGGCUCAUAUAUCCAAAGGCAUUUUAAUUUGUAGUAAAUAUUAAAACUAUUUUUGUUUUUGUUACAUUUACAGAAAAUUUUAUAUAUUUUUUAUAAAAAAUUUCUUCCUUUAUGUGAUUUAUAUUAAUAUCAUCACCACCAUUCCAUAAUUUCACCAUUCCAUAUUAGAGUUGUUGAAUUGAAUUUUUAAAAAAAGUUGAGAGUCAAAUAAUUUUUUUAACUAUCAAUUUCAUAAACUUUUUUAUAGUUUUUUGUUAUUUAAUCGUGAUAAAAUUAGUUUUAAUGGACUAUAAUGUGGUUCAUGUGGUUGCUUGAAAAGCAUAGAAGGUGUUUAGUCCUAAGAUAAUAAUAAAAAAAACCAUAAUAACUUGUAUAGGCUUGGUGCAUUCUCCGCCGGUGCUGCUACCCUAGAAUAUUGUAAACAACCGGUAUGUACAAAUUCACGGAUUUAAAUAGCGAGUAUAUGAAAAAUAUAAUAUAAUUAUUCUAAAAGUUUUAGGAAGUAUAAUUUGUAAAAAGUAAAAUAAAAAAGGAAAUAUUUUGAUAUCUUCAGAAGGUCUAACUUGUUAAACUUGUAUUAUAAUGUAUUAUUCAAGCUAAUAAAACUUUUUAGAUGAGUUCAACUACGGCAGCUAGCAUAAUUUUAUGCACCGAUUUUGAAACAGCGUUACAUCACACAAAUCUCGUAUCUCAGUGUUUUGUCGUUUCAAUAACUGCACUAUUAAAAAGUAAAAUACUUAAAUAUUAUGACAAAGUCACAAUUUUAAUAUUAUUUCAAUGCGAUCAACAUCGCAACUGCGUGAAAUACAAGCGAAAACUUCUGAUUUCUGCCGUAUCGAGCGCUGCGGACAGAGUUUUUAAAAUCAACUGAAAUGCACCAAGCCUAUAAGAUUUUUAAGACGAUUUAAAGAUUUUACAAGCUACCACUCGAUUUGGUGUUUAUAUUAUGUGAGUUGUCUUUAAGAACAAUGUUGCUGUGUGUCAUGCUUUAGUAUAAACCUUUGAAUAAACAGAUUAAGGAAGGAGCAUAUUAACAAACUUAUGUGGAACGCGAUGGGUAGUUAAUAUGGCUGACAUAAAUUUGAAACGUCAAACAGAACUGUCAAAAAUGGGGUCUAUGAUGUCGAUUUCGUCUUAAUGAAUGAAUACAUGCAUAGUAUUCUACUCCUUCCCUAAUCUUUUUAUUUAGACGUAAAAAACAGAGCCCACGAGCUUGUGAAUAAAUACACGUUAAACUUAUAGUUUUAAAUAAGCUUUAUGUCAAGUAAAUAUUAAGAUCUACUCGGUGGAUAUUUUUAAAACGAUAAAUUAUACAUAUAGACUACUAAAAAAAGUUUGUACUCUAUUUUAGUGAUUAUUAUCUGUGAGCGUUUAAAUUUUUUUCAUGUGAAGUAUGAAUGUACCUUAAAUGUCAAGAUUCCGGCAUUUAAAAAGAAGUUGUUCAAUAAAAAAGUUCUAAAUAAAAUAUAAAGUUUAUUAUAAAUAGGUAGAGACUGUUCAGCCAUCGUUAACCUUUACGUCAUCAUCGUUUGUCAAAUAUCAAUUUUAGGGUGUGUCUAAAAUCAGAAAAUUUUAAGUACUUUACUAUAUUAUUUAUUGAGCGAGUUUCGUUUUUUUCGGCAUUUAUUCAUUUUUUUUGAACUCAUCAGUUAUGAUCCCAUUAAUUCCAAUCCUUUGAACUGUUGAAAUUCUUAUUUCUAAA